GAUCCACUUCGACAUGUCACUAUCAAGACUUGUCCCAAAUGUCCCAUCAAUUAAGCAAUGGCCCAAGCUAUUCAAAGCAACUGUGAGCUCCAAGUCGGCCAUUCGCCUGAAUCUAGUUAGUGUUUCUACCGCUGACCGAGCAAUGGCAGAAUUGAACUUGAAGUCCCCCAAAAAGAUGACCGCAGUUGAACUUUACCCAGGUGUGGGUGUAUGGACGGCUGCACUGGUCAACGGAGGGAUUAAAAAGGUCAUAGCACUUGAACCACAUAAUAAGUUUUUCCCUUAUAUAUCGGGACUCGCAAAGGAGUCAGAUGGUGCUGUUGAGGCCAUGGAUCUUGAUGGGUACGACUGGUCGACCUAUUUGAAAUUGAAAGAAGAUAAGAUCUUGGGAUCCAAAGAAAACCAAGAUUGGUCUGAAGUUCACAAGGAGAUCUUGUAUACGGGAACCAUACCUAAGAGUGUCAAAGGCGAGCAGCUCAUGGCGCAAUUAUUUGGCUGUAUUAUCAAUAAAAUGGCAUUACACAGCCUUGGACGAAUACAGAUGGCCAUGUGGAUCCCCACAUCUCUCUACGUCAAAAUUGCAGCACCUCCAGGUGACGCUGCAAGAUGUAAACUGAGUAUCGUACGAGAUGCCAGCGCAGACAUCUCGGUCAUCAAUACCCCCGAUCCCGAAAACUUUUAUCCUCCUAACGACUACAAGCUUCUUAAUAUUGUGCCACUUGCUGAAAAGAGAAUACAAACUGAUUGGGAUGUUUUCGAAUACGUAUUGCGGCACAUCUUUGUUACAAAGAAGCAAAAACUUUCAAAGGCUAUCAAGACGCUUGGCCCUGGAGCGGAAAUCAUCACAUCACGACUAUCAUUCGACCCUAAUAUUCUUGUAGGACAGCUGAGUGUAGAACAAAUUGAUGAGGUGGCUCGCAAGUUUGAAGAGUGGCCGUUACGACCAAAAGUUCUAUUUGAGGAUGCAAGCGUCUUUGACGAUAGACUGAAGACUCGUACAUAGAAAGAAAAAACAUUUUGCUGAUUUUAAGAGCAAGACAACAACAGCACUAGACUAGAGUACACUACAAUUGUAUAUUACCAAAUAACACAAUACUUUACAUUCACCUCCUUCUAUUUGACUUGGUU